AUCAUUUGUUUUCUGGCACCAAUCCCUGCUCCUGUUUUCACGGGUGGUACCAGCGGGAGCUGGAGGAUGGUGGAAAUAACGCCAUUCCUUCUAAAAAGGCUGCUGCGGCUGUCCCCCAGGUGUUAGGUCUGUUGCGGGCUCCUCCCCAGCUGUAAAUCAGCCCUGGGGCGAACGUGCCCGGCUAGGAAAGUGUUAACUUGCCCUGCAAUGCUGCAUCCCAGCUCACGGUGGAGCUGCCUUCCUCUCUUCCACCCCCAACUUCCAAUUCACUCCAAACAACUCCGGGACAGAAUUGCAGGGAAAAGCUGGAGGCUCAGACUAGACUUGUUGAUCUCCGUUCCGAGGCAGCAGAAGGAAGUACCGGAGCUUUCCUUUGUGUCUGCACGGAGAGAGGGCUGGGGAGGCGGGGGCAGCUGCGGCUUCGGGUUGAUUGUAGGCAGGAUCAAGGAGCUGCAGCUGAGCGAAGGCCUUGAAAAGCUUCCUGCCAAGAGAUCCGAUUUACCUCGUUUCCCUUCCCCUCCCCCUGAGCUCCGUGGACAGCCGGGAGCGCCGCCGCCAUCCCUCCGCCUUGAGGCUGCCCGCGGGGGGAUGCGAGCGGGGCCGCCCCUGCUGCCCGCCCCGCCGCAGGAUGUAGCCGCCCUCGGCCCCGCACAGCCCCGCACCGCCUCGCUGGGAUCCCGCAGGAGGAGCUCUGGGGCAUGGAGGGCAAGGAGAGGUGAGCAGAGCCGGCCCCCCAGCGCCCUGCCCCACGCCGCACCUUGGAGCGUCCAGACGGAGGGGGACCAGCGAUGCCUCUGGGGAUGAAUAAGCAUGGAUCUCGCUCUACUACCUCUUUGCCUCCGGACCCCACAGAGAUCGUCAGGAGCAAGGCCUGCUCCCGAAGGGUCAAGCUCAACGUGGGGGGCCUGGCCCACGAGGUUCUCUGGCGGACCUUGGACAGGUUGCCACGGACCAGGCUGGGUAAGCUCAGAGACUGCAACACGCACGACUCCCUCAUGGAGAUCUGUGACGACUACAACCUGGAGGAGAACGAGUACUUCUUUGAUAGGCAUCCUGGGGCAUUCACCUCAAUCUUGAACUUCUACCGUACUGGCAAGCUGCACAUGAUGGAGGAGAUGUGUGCCUUGUCCUUCAGCCAGGAGCUAGACUACUGGGGGGUGGACGAGAUCUACCUGGAGUCCUGCUGCCAGGCCCGCUACCAUCAGAAGAAGGAGCAGAUGAAUGAAGAGCUGAAGAGAGAAGCUGAGACGCUGAGGGAAAGGGAAGGGGAGGAAUUUGAUAACACUUGCUGUGCAGAGAAAAGGAAAAAGCUCUGGGACCUCCUGGAGAAGCCCAACUCCUCCGUAGCGGCCAAGAUUUUGGCAAUCAUUUCCAUCAUGUUUAUUGUACUAUCUACAAUUGCCUUGUCCCUUAACACACUUCCUGAACUACAAGGCGUGGAUGAAUUCGGGCAGACCACAGAUAAUCCCCAACUUGCCCACGUGGAAGCGGUGUGCAUUGCAUGGUUUACAAUGGAAUACCUCUUGCGGUUCCUAUCCUCGCCUAAGAAGUGGAAGUUUUUCAAAGGCCCGCUGAAUGCCAUCGACUUGCUGGCCAUCUUGCCCUACUAUGUCACCAUCUUCCUCACAGAAUCCAAUAAAAGUGUACUUCAGUUCCAAAAUGUACGACGAGUGGUCCAAAUAUUUCGGAUUAUGAGGAUACUCCGGAUUCUGAAGCUUGCCCGGCACUCGACGGGUUUACAGUCCUUGGGGUUUACUCUGAGGAGGAGUUACAAUGAGCUUGGAUUACUCAUCCUGUUUUUGGCCAUGGGCAUUAUGAUAUUUUCCAGUUUAGUGUUUUUUGCAGAAAAGGAUGAGGAUGAUACAAAAUUCAAGAGCAUCCCAGCCUCUUUCUGGUGGGCAACAAUCACCAUGACAACUGUAGGCUACGGAGACAUCUACCCCAAAACACUGUUAGGUAAAAUAGUAGGAGGACUGUGCUGCAUUGCUGGAGUACUGGUGAUUGCUCUUCCCAUCCCAAUUAUUGUCAAUAACUUCUCUGAGUUCUACAAGGAGCAGAAAAGGCAAGAGAAAGCCAUUAAGCGCAGGGAAGCUCUUGAAAGAGCAAAAAGAAACGGCAGUAUUGUUUCCAUGAACAUGAAGGACGCAUUUGCCCGUAGUAUAGAGCUCAUGGACAUUGUGGUUGAGAAGAAUGGAGAAAGCAUAGCCAAAAAGGAUAAAGUUCAGGACAAUCACUUGUCUCCCAGCAAAUGGAAAUGGACCAAGAGAACGCUUUCUGAAACUAGCUCUAGUAAAUCUUUUGAAACUAAGGAGCAAGGAUCUCCAGAAAAAGCUAGGUCAUCCUCAAGUCCCCAACACCUGAAUGUUCAACAGCUAGAGGACAUGUAUAACAAAAUGGCAAAGACUCAGUCACAGCCAAACCUUAAUACUAAAGAAUCAAGUCAAUCUGGAAAGCAAAAGGAAGAGCUAGAAAUGGAAACCCUUCCUGGCCCUAUGGUGCCCUUGCUGACAACUCACACUGAUGGCAUCAUCGACAUGAGGAGCAUGUCCAGCAUCGACAGCUUCAUAAGCUGUGCGGCAGAGUUCCCUGACUCUGGGAGGUUUUCCCACAGUCCCCUCUCUACCCUUCCCUGCAAAGGUGGCAUUAACGUGAUCCAGGAGCAGGGGAGGCCAGAGGGAAGCGGUGCCAGGUUUGUGGAAGUGAACCCGAGCUCCGAAGGCAGCCACCGCUCUGCUUUUUUCAUAGACAGUCCCAGAAGCUCCAUAAAGGCCAGUAACCCUUUAAAGCUACGGUCCCUGAAAGUCAACUUCAUGGAAGAGGACACCAGCACGUUAGUACCAGCCUCAAAUGUACUGAGAAUAUAUUCAGACCCUCUCAAGAGCCGAGGAGCUGCUGCUGCUGCUGCCACAGAUACUUCCUUACUCUCUGACAGAUCUCUUAUGAGCCCAGAAACGUCGAUCUACACAACCGCAAGUGCAAGAACACCCCCAAAGUCACCAGAGACACAGACAGCCAUAGCUUUCAACUUCCAUGAUGCUGGCAUACACAAAUACAUAGAUGCUGACACUGAUGAUGAAGGUCAGAUGGUUUAUGAUUCAAGUCCACCCGGAAAUGUGAGUCCCAAGUACACCAUUACAAACAGUGGCUACCUAAAGCAAAAGGACAAUGUUUAUAGAACAGAGAAGAACCAUCUAGAAGCUGCUGCUUUACCCACUUCCCCUAAGCUGAUAGGACAAAACUGCAUUUAUUCUAUGGAAGGUAUCACUGGAAGAACCCAGGGCAAUCAAGAAACUGUCAGACUAGAAAAUCACAUUUCCCCAGAAGUCCAUGUAUUACCAGGCAGUGGAGGACAUGCUAACACACGUGAUCAAAGCAUCUGAGAUGGGCUCCAAAAGAACUUACUGAAGGUUUAAAGGAAUGUCUUUCCAGUCAACACAAAAUAAAAACAAAAAAGAGCUUCUGCAUGGCAUGAACUUGGCUGAAAUAAGCCACCUGUUUCUAAAAGUCUGGGGGAGGUCCAGUGUGGGUUUGUGAAAAUGUCCUUCUCUGAAACAACUCUAAAGACAUUGCCCACAUCAGUCAAAAAUAAGGAUUGCAAAUCAUGAUCACACAUUGAUCUCCUUUCAUGUUGUCCAGUGAAGCCAAUGUGACCAAAUAUCCAUCCAUUCCCCUUGAACGCUAGAGCUCCUUUUGGAAAUAGUAACACCUGAUUUGCAUUAGUUCCAUAAAGGAUGCCAAGGCAGCCAGAUUUGAACUCUGGAAUAAAUUGCUGGGGUUGGUAUAAAGCUAUCUAAAACACAAUGCCUACUGCUUCAGGGCAGCUGUUCCCCAUCUACAGCUCUCUCUGAUGGAUAUUAUGUCUAAAGGUAACAGGGACCACUUGCUUUAUUGGAAAACCAUUAAAACAGGCUAGGGAAACUAAUUAGGAAGACGCUCUCUGUGUGUUUAACACCGCGAUAGCCCGUAGGACCUGGUGUUUUCUUUUGGACUAUCAGCAGGGUGAGUUGCACCACUUGUAUCUAAAGCCAGACAUCCCCUAGGACAUAGUGAAACUUGCACUUACCCUUUGCUAAGAAUAGGUACCUGCCCCAGGGCCAGCACGUGGACCCUCAGGGGAUCCACAGCCCAUGCUAGGAAAGUGUGAAGGAGCCAUGCAGAAGCAGGAUCCUCCGGAGGCAUCGCAGCCAGACCCCCUUCCCGGUGCCAGGGAGCGUAGGGCUGGAAGGAGAGCUCAGCUCUCACCCUACCCUUCUGCGGAAGGGGGAUGCUCACUGCCCUGCCCCACAGGGACAGCCCAACGUGGCGGUGCUGCGGCUGGCCCCUGUGGCAUGUGCCAGGGGUACCGGGAUGGCUCCCUGGGCCUCCUCUUCCUGCCCGCGCACCAGCUCCUGGUGUCGGCCAGAGCUCUUACCCUUGGCGUAGGAGAGGAACCGGUCGGUCUGAAGCUUUUUGUGCCCACGUGGGGCAGUGAAAGAUAUGCAAGUGUUACAUAAAUAUGCAAAAAGAGGGAUUCGGUAGCCACCCGGCCCUGGCCUGGCCUUGCUCUCUGUGCCAGGAGGUCGGGCAGAAGCGGCUCCUGCAGAGCGCUGCCAGAGGCAGGAGAAGCAGGCCUGAUGUUUUAGUAACAUCCAUUCAUUUUUAAAGGAAACAAGGAAAAAAAAAAAAACACAAAAAAAAAAAAGAAAAAGAAAAAAAGAGAAAAAAAAAAAAAAGGAGGAGAAAAAAAAAAAAAAGAAAAGCAGAAAAAAAAAGAUCUGACCAUUUUAAAUGACCAGAACUAGCAGCCACCAGCCUAGGUUUUUAAAAUACUAUUGUUUCAAUAAAGUUAUGUCAAAUUGUGUAGGAAAUAAUUUGUCUUUGGUUUUUAAUCUCGGAGGGGGGAAAAGCACUUUACGUUGACUUUCUGUUGUCGUUGUGGCAAUGCUGGAGUAGGAUAGCAGAGUGUAACAAUCAAGCACUUUAACCAAGCACUAUUUUAAUUUGUGCCUCCUGUCGUGACUGUGAUUUGCUACUUGCCUGUAGCAGGUCACAAACUGUCCUGUGCUACCUGUGCUGGUGAUCCUUUAUGUCGGUCUCUGUUUCUACUGUAAAACUCCGUUGUAAAUAACUCUGUCACAAGCGUUUCCUGGCCGGUUCCCAAGCACCUGCUGGGGCACGUAACGAUGCGCAGGCAGCAGGCCCAGGGAUGUGCUGAGACACGGGACAUGGGAGUGGAGGAGCACAGGCGGAAGGAGGACCCCAAGCCACUCAAGUCCACUGCGUUUCGUUCCUUCCUGUUGUAAAAAAACCAAGCCACUGGUUAGUCCUGAAUGUAAAUGUCUGUCCGUCCGAGCUGUGCAGUGCUCCUGUCUGUAAUCCCUAAUAGUGAAUGCAGCAGCAUGUACGGACAAAAGCAAUAAGCACAUAUAUGUUUUAGGAACUAUUAUGGGUUACAAUGAUAGCUUUGUUAGGUCUGUCCUUGGCACAAAACUGUACACACGUUGGAGUUAACUCUGCUCUGCCGACCCCAUCCCCGUUGCUGGGACACAGCCCCAGAUACUUAGAAGUGAUCCUUGCAUCCCAGCAAGGCCAGGCCCUGGGAAAGGUGUGAGUAAGACCUGAUUCACCACCUCACGAAUUAGCCCACCAGCACAGAAAGAGAGCUCAUGCCAUGCAGACUGACGCGGGAGGGACUCGAAGCAAGUCCAAGGCACCUUUGUGUGCAGGUGAUACUCACCUGAGUAUUUACACAGGGCCAGUUUCUGAGGUUUGUUAGCUUUUACUCUGCCUUCACUCAGCCAAAAACCACCCUUCCUCUGAGUGGGAUCUCUGCCUGGUGAAGGACUUUAGGAUUUGGCCAUAGUAAAUACAAGUGUACUUAGAGGAACCGAUGUGUUGCUGAGAUACUAGUUAAGAUUGAGUCAUCACAAAAAAGAAGUAAAGUGGUUACUAAUUCAGUCUGCGGCUUUCUGAGGCCAUAAAGCAGCAACAGGAAAUCUUAGAAGUGAAGAGUCUUGACAUAAUUUCUGUGUUUCAGUGAUCAUUCAUGCUUGCCAUCAGCACAAAUGUAAAAAGAAGAAAAAAUCAGGGAUUUUUUUUUUUAAUAAAGUAAGUAAUAGUGAUUUCCAAGUUAAAUAUUUUUAGAGCUGAUGCUUUCACGUGGAAAAAAAAAAGAAGUCAUAUUUUACAUAUUGCAAAAGUGAAGGUAUUUAAAUAUAGCCAUAUAGUGUAGUACUUACCACACGCUCAUCCAAAUUGAUGUAUUUGGUUUAUAGAUGGCACUGACAAAAAUGUGUAGGUCAACAAUUCUAUCCUUUUCUAACUGAUAAUCAACUGGUGCAACUCUCCUUGUAACCAAAGGCCCUCUGUCUGCCUUGUGUGAUCACUCAUGACACACACUUUCUAUCAUCUGUUUAGUCCUACCUUCCAAGUAGCAUUUUAUUGAGUCGCUUUUGAAAGCCAAAUUCAAAAGUAUCUUAAAAAUCUACCUUUUAAGUCUGAAUAGCCAAAGUCCUAUAGAUUUCUUAUAGAAAGCAAAUAAUUUCAAAAUGAGCAUAUAAUAUGCUUGAAGAGCAUUUCUUUCUUAUUUGUAUAUGAAGAUGUAGCUCUCAUUUCAUGCCCAGUUAAAAAAGGAAGUAUGUUUAAUUUAUUUUACUGAAAUAAAGUCUGCAUAUGAAGUAUGUAUCUAUAUAUGUGUGUGUGUGCAUAAUACACAUAUAUAUACAUUGUAAGCACUGGGAAAUCUACUCUAACCUAAUACUAAAGUAGACUAAAUCUGUACUCAUUACAAAAGGAAAGGCAGUGCUUUGAAAACAUAAUGUUCAUAUAGACACUAGAAAGCCAAUUUCAUUUUAGGGUUUGUUUCCCAAAGCUCGUAACAGGUGAGGAAAAUGUGCAAUACCUCUUGCAUCGAGCUACGGCGUGCAGCUUUGCCACCCAUCCUUGGCAUUCAGGGCUGUGCAUUUACUGUGCAUCAAGCAAGCUGACAGUUUCACCUGCUGCUGCAGAAGACAUCAUCUCUGAAAGGACUAUGUGCAUGUGAUGUCUGAGCUUGCUUGUAUCUUAUGUCAUCAACAUAAUUUUUAAUACAUACAUAUAUAUAUAUAUAAGUAUAUAUAUAUAUAUAUAACAUAGAUAUAUGCAGAAGGAAUGGGUACAGCUUUCUUAAGCAGGAGGAAAAGAUCCUUUGAGUUUCAUCCUUGAACAGAGGAAAACAGCAGUCACAUUGCAGUAGAUUUCUCAGUGCCUUUUCUUAGAAACUUCACCUAAGCACACUUAUGGGAAAAAAAAAAUACAAAAAACCCCCCAAACAAAAUGAAACAAAACAGUCUCCUCUGAAAUCCGUAUUUUUCUGAAAGGUUCAAGAGUCAACACAUGUAGAAGAAGGAGGAAAAAAAGAGGGAAAGAAACCCCACAGAACGCACAUUCCCUUCCUGAACAUGCUGUGUGUCAAUGCUGGGGAAUAUCUGUCUGUGCAAGUCACGCAGAAACACAUCCGAGGCGGUCGGUUCCUUUGGCAACUAUGGCUGUGACAAACUGUAGCCUUUUCUUCCCUUGCAGCUAAUAAGAUACACAUUUCUAAGGAAAAACAUGUUCUCUUCUGUAAAAUUGUAAUGUAUUGUUAAUAUUUGUACCUAUUGUACAUUCAUGUCUGGACUGAAUUACGACUGGUACAGUCUGUAGUAAAUAACGAGGGUAUUUAAAACUCAUCGCAAAGUUUCUAAAGCCAAGUUCUCUCUCUGUUGGUAAGCUCCACAUAAUGUGAUCUCCAAUAGUGUUUGACACCUCAUUUUAAAGCAAAUAGUAGAAUCAAUUAGCCAAGUGAUGGAGACCAUGCAGCACCAAAGCCCUCCUGCACAGCUCAGUGGGGAGCACGAUGGGAGGUGAGCUCCCCAGCAACUCCAAAUUAACUCCAAUGUCUUCAUAUUUGGUCAGUCACUUCUUAUGGUAAUGAGACUGAACAACUGUUAUCUUAGGUUGCUUUAGGAUCACCCACUCGGGGAGAAUAUGGCUUUAAAUAGUUCUUGAAUAAAGUACAGAUGUUCUGAUUACCUCUGUACCUCCUGUUUGCCAUUGUGUUGGCUUUAUAAGUAUCUGAUGUAUGGAAAAGUCAUGUGACUUUCAUGCAUUCCAGAGUAGUCUAUUUUUCUGUUCAGAUUUAAGAAAAAAAAUAAAAAGAAGAAAAAAAAAGUUAGUUAUAUAUAUAUAUAUAUAUAUAAAUAUAUAUAUAAAAUAUAUAAAUAUAUAUCUGUAUUUUUAGCAAAUUUAUAUUAGGGCAAUCAAGUCAGAUUUCUUCUUUUUGUAUUACAGAAUAAUAUAUUAGAUGCUUUCUGGCGUUCAUUUACACAGCCAAUCCCCUGACCUUUCUGUUGUCCGUAUUUUCUUUUGUUCUGAAAGACACCUGCCACAUCCCUCCUGGAAUUGUGUCUGCAAAAGGUCUCUGAGUUUGUCUGUUGUUGUCAUGUUGUCGUAUUUUCCUCUGUGUGGGACUUAAAAAUGAUUGAGGACUGGCUACGGAAGCUAAGAGGCCAGACUUGGUCCUCAGUACUGGCAAAUGCCUGUGGCUUUGGUGUUGGCCAUAGCCUGGACUUUGGUGUUUUUUUCCCAGACUUAACAUCAAUUAAGCUGGCAGCAUAAACAAGAGAUGGGAUUUGAGUCUGACUGUCCUAAUAAUUAUGAUGGCGUUCGGAUAAGCACCAAAAUUCAGACCCUUAUUUUAGGGCAGUGGCCUGACAAUGCUCAGUCAGAACUCCCAGCUAAGGGAGAGCUCUUCCUGGGUUAAAACAGAAGGGUCAAGACUUUAAUUUCCUACUGGGUUUUGGAAUAGCUCUUUUCAGUUCCAGGCAAAUAAAAUCAGAAAUUGAGACUAAAUUGCAGGGAAUGAAAAAAAAAAUGAAUGUACAUGGCCAGAAAGGGACCACAUUUGGAUUUGGCUGUGGGAAAGUACAUCCAUGUACCUGCUUACUUAAUGAUCUUCCUUGUGUUUUUAUAGCUGUAUCACCACAUAAAUUGAAUUAAAAGUCCAUGAGAUAAAUGUGCAUCCUGAAGCUAUCUCAUGGCCUGUUGAAGUUAAGCAUGACAAAGAGCUUUGGACCAGCUCUGUAGCUCUGCACAAGCACUUCCUUCUGACUCUGCCCAGCAGUCUAGUCAGUGGCCACAUUUUUUUUUCCAAAGAUGGAGUUUUGGUCCCAUUUCCUUUUGUGUGCUUGUGUGAUUUUCUUGUAUGUCCACCACACUAACCAAUGAACCUGAGACAGAAUUAAUUAGAGAAAACAUGUGUUUCAGAAGGUCCAGCUACCACCCAGGUGAAAGACCAGACACAGUUCUGGGUGUGAUUACGUAGCAGCAAGAAUUUACAUGUGAGGGUAUUAAAACUGGCUGGGAUUUUACUUUUUUGGGGAGCAGUUCAUGCAGUAGCCUGACAGAGCUACCCUCAAGGUCCACAGAAAUCUUUCAAAAGACACCUUCGUAUUACUAACUUUGUUUGAGCAUAGCCAACAAAACAAUAGUAAGCUUCUAGUCAAGGCCAGUCUUAAAUUUGCACCUGCAGGUAAAUUCACCUCCCACUCCACAACAGAAAUGACCUAAAUACCAACUGGCCCUUCAAAGAAGAGAUGUUUAUUUUCCAGCAUGGCUUUCACACCCCAUGCUGAUCAGAUUUAGGCUCUUGCACUGAAACUUUGUCUGAGCCAGACAAAGGAAACCUUAGGAAAACCAGAAGUCUGCAUAUAGGGUGUGUAUGCCCUUUGUUGCUGGUGUUAGCUAAGCCACAAAUAAGUGUCCUUUGACACCAAUGGUAGGGUGCCACAAGUGUUCAUAUCUGUAAAUACUACUCAGAAUUGUGCUUUGCUUGAUUCUGGCUUCAUCGCACAAGAAGUUAUCAGUCUAGAGGCUUAGAAGAGAAAGCUUUGGUUUUCUUUUUAACUAGAAAUGAUGCUAUUGGUAUUCUGUAGGACUGAACAAGGAUUAACCUUUGACAUUUUAAAGGGGUCCUUCAAGACUGUAGCAACACCAACUUCAAAAUAUAACAGUCAGGCUGGGCUUAGUAGAAAGAUUCACCCAAACUAGAGCUGGGGAGCCAAAUUUGCACGAAAAGCCAAAGUCUUUGCUCUGUUAUUAAAAGCCCAUUGAGGUCAAUGGAGCUGGUCCCAUUUAGCUCAGUAAAGAAUUUGGACUUAUAUCUCUAAAUGCUGGUGGAAAACUAAAGGCUCUGUAUGACCUCAGGAAUGGAGGUGUCUGUCCACAGCACCUAAAGGAAACCAGUGGGGUGAGAGGAUGGGAAACUGACAGGUCAGUGAAAGCCUGUAAAAGGACAGAAUCCUUCCAGGCAAGAGGAUGAUAACCAUGCCAUUCCAAUCUUGACCAAUUGCCCCUCUGCAGCAGCCCUCUUUCUUGGGCUUGAUGCUGCAAACAGUGUCUCAGACUUAGAUGACUCUUCCUAUGGCAGGACUACAAGCUCAGCCACACAGUUCAACACUCUCAGCCCUUGGUACAGGGACUUACUGAUGCUGGGAGGACACUACCAGCAGAUGGGCCAGUAAUGGUGUCACAACCUCUGGUCCUAUUGGUAGUUUACAUCUAAGAUCAUUUAGGCUUCAUCAGUUCCUCUUUACUCUCUGUUUCAUUUAGGAGCUCUGCCCUUUAUGCCUCUCCUUUCUGCUGCGUUAACACAGCCUCUAAGUACCAUUAGCCACACGUUGGCUCAUGUCACCACUGAAAUUCAUUUUGGUUUUACCAGUUUUGUUGGCUCGUGGCAAAGACAGAGAACAUCACUUUUCCCCCACUCUUUCUGUCUUUUUGGUGGUGGGAGCAGAAAAUUGCUUUUGCACUAAAACACUCCCCAAAGAUGUGUUUGGGUUGGGGGUGGGGGGAGGAAGGCAGGGAGAAGCAUCUCCAUAGUACUUUGAAGCCAUGAUUCUGCAAUCAGAAAGGCCAGCCACAGCUACCAACCAAACUCUCUCUCCAACUAGAUUAGCAUUAAUACAAUAAACUCCAACUUCUGCAACAGGAUCCUGCUUUCUCAUCAAGCCAGUGAAGCAGUUCCUGAAUGGGGACAAAACACUUACUGAGGCACUGUCACAAGUGCUGUGCAAUGAUGACUCCACGCCUGUGGAAGGAUGCUGGAGUAGUCUGUCUCUGUGCUGCAUAUCAUGGCUGUUCAGCGCUUCACAGGGCCUUAGGUCUUCCUUCUCCAAAAGCACAGGACGGCUGCUGGACUGGCAGAGCUCUGCCAGCUGCUAGCCCUGCAGAGCAGCCCAUGAGCCCCAGGCAAGGCUUCCCAGUGACAUCACCAAAGAGCAGCAGCGAGCAUCCAUAGUCACUGAAGGAUAAGUAAGCUAUGGGGUUCCCUUUAAAAGAAAAGAAAAUGGCAUAUUUAACAACAAAUAGAAACUGGGGAAAUGUACAUUUCCUGUGGCUAUGCCAAUGCAUGCAAAUCAAAUUUCUUUUGUAUCUGGAAACUGAAACCAACUGUGACCCAGCUUGAGAAAGGGCAGAAUGUUUCUGGUCUCUCCAUUGCCUUGCACUUCUGUUAUUUCUUAAAACUGUGCAGUGGGGAAGAAGUGAGGAAGCAGUGGGGAGUCCAGGCCAGCAUGUCUGUAACAAAGGGCAGAGCUUUGCACCUCUGCCCAACAGCCCACGCACUUCUUGCACAGCCUUCAUUGGGUCGUAUUGGAGCAACCCGAGGAGCAAUGCCUCAGCAUAUGUUUUCUCCCCUUCUAAGCAAUGUUUCAAUGCCCUGGCACUUUGGGGUGAUGACAGCAACAUUAGCCAUAUACUAGUGUACUUAGAGUCUUACAUUUUUUGUAACUUUGGUUUAGUCAUUCUCUGUUGAAGUUUAUUGACCUCUCCAGUUGUUUCCGUAAGCAGAUUAUUAAAAGAGAAAAACUAAAAUCAGUGUCUUUAUAUGCAUGUAGUAGUAUGAAACUGUGAUCAAUGUGUGACAUUCAGAAACUGUACUGUCUUGUAAAAUACGUCCAAAUGUCUAAGGAUUUUAAAGCAAUGGUCCCUUACAACAGACUACAGAAAUAAAUAAAAAGGUAUGGAUAAAACCAAA